AUGGUGCGCCCUGUUACAGCAAUUGAGAUAAAAUUGGCCCUCUUUGACAUUGCCGAGGAUAAAGCCCCUGGUCCUGAUGGUUACACCUCAGGCUUCUACAAAGCAACUUGGCCUAUUGUGGGUGCUGAACUCACGCAUGCUAGCAUAGACUUCUUCACUACUGGGAGACUAUUGAAGCAGCUAAACACUACAUACUUAACACUUAUACCUAAAGUGCAUAAUCCGAUUUUUGUCCUAUUGCAUGCUGAAUUAUUUUCAGGCUAUAAUCAGCACCAGCUACCACCUCGUUGUGCUCUCAAGGUGGAUAUCCAUAAGGCAUAUGAUACAGUUGAUUGGGAUUUUCUUCUGGCUACAUUUCAGUUGUUUGGAUUUCCAAAUAAGCUCAUAAGGGGCCUUCGGCAGGGAGAUCUAAUGUCACCAAAUUUAUUUUUCCUGAUUAUGGAAGUUUUGAACCUCAUCUUGCAGCAGCUGAUAGAUCAGGACAUGAACUUUGCAUUUCACUGGAAGUGUGCCCCACUUUGCCUAGUUCAGCUUGGAUUCGCGGAUGACUUAUUAUUGUUCUCACGAUCAGAGGUGGAUUCGGUUCACUUACUCAAACGAGGACUUGAUUAUUUUGGAGACAUGUCUAGCCUCAGGGUCAAUCCUCAGAAGAGUCACCUGAUCCUUUCACGCGCAGGUCAUGGAAUCAGGGAUCAACUGUUAGAGGUACUUCACUUUCCCAAUGGCUUUUUACCGCUUAAAUACUUGGGAUUACCACUUAUUUCAUCUCGCCUUACUAUUGCUGAUUGUAAACCCCUCCUUACAAAGUUGGAUCAGCGUAUUAAGGGUUGGGAGAGCAUCUCCUUGUCUUAUGUUGGGCGUCUUCAGAUCAUUAAAUCUAUACUUACAGCAUUCAGUGUAUCAAUGGCUUCUGCUUUUAUAUUACCGAAAGGGGUUAUAAGAGAAGUGGAGAGGAGACUACGGGCAUUCUUAUGGCAAGGAUAUGACGGUAUAUGGACAACUCCCGAACAAGGCGGUUCUUGGGGAUGGCAUAAACUUCUUCUCCUACGCCCCCUACUUCGACCUUUUGUUGAGUACCAAAUUGGGGAUGGACUACCUUUUUAUUAUGGCAUGAUCCUUCGCAUGAACUGGGACCACUUAUCCAGCAAUUUCCACAUGGCCACUACCUCGCAGAUGCUCCAUACUCUCCCACAUAUCCAUGGAGACAUUGACCGUAUUUCUUGGCGAUCACAGACUGGGCUUUUGACAUCGGCUACGCUACUCCAGGUUUUCGGAACUGCGGGUACCAAGGCAACUUCUAGCGAUAUCAACAUUCUGCUUCCACUCCUAGGAGAAACUUCGAGCAAGAGGGGAUCUCACACUUUGUGGGGUGUCAAGAGUGUGAGGAAGGAGCGGCUACUGCCCAGUAACGAUUUCAAAAGCGCUCUUGUUGGUCGAAGAGCUCUUUUGAGCAUUGAAACAUAG